UCUAUAUAUAUGGCAUCUUGUAUCUUUACAACAUCUCUCUCUUUUUCCCUCUUCAUCUCUAUUUUUUUAAUUUUUUUUAUCCGCACAACAAGCAUGUUAUAUAGCCCACAAGAGAAAGUUUGGAUUAUGUAUGCAGUUCUACUGGCAUGCCUGAAUCUUUAUUUGACACUUCGGAUCAGAAAAAAUCUCUUGUUGAUCCCGUUUCUUGUCUUUGGAGUAUUGGUGACUAUUGGUACAAUUUGUUUGUUGGCCAACAAUUCAGGUGUAUUUCAAUCAGCUAGUGAUUCCGUCAAUCCAGUAUUUAUUGGGGAUCGUUACUGGCAGGAUCAAAGUCUCUCCUUGAGCGUACUACCAACAGCUUCGGUAUUGCUUCUUUUUGGUAUUAUGGAAGCACAAUUGAUAUUUAUUCGUCAUAUGGCAGUAGCAAUUCACAACCGGGACCAUUGGGGAAGUAUCUAUUUGCGUGAUCCCGAGAAAUCGCAAGGAUUUUUGACGGCACAAAAGAAAAAGAAAAGCUCAUUGAGACCAUGGACGUACUGGGCAAGUUUAAUUUUGAUGGUUCUGUAUUUAUGUACAGCGAUUUGUUCGUUUGUUAUUCAAACAAUGGAUCACGAUACGAAAGGUUUGGGCGUAGCCGUUUGUGUCUCCGUACUGUGUUUACUGGCUUGUUUUAACGUGGGUGUAAUCCUGUUCAGCUGUAACUCGUCUGCCAAUCAUAUUCGUACCAUUCGAAAGAAUAGGGAUGAUCUGAUGUUUCUUCGUUUUACACCCGUCUUAUUCUUGGUAUUGAUGAUGGGAAUGACAAUUAUCUCUUGGGUGUCUUAUCUUCAAAUGGAUGGUAUUAACAUGGCUGCUUGGAUUUCUAUCGAGACACUCACGGUAUAUUUGCCAUUGAUGCUCAUUUUGAUCAUGUGCAUUUAUACGGGAAAGAUACAAACGAUGGGAAGACAAUACCCAAUUGAGGUAGCUCAACAACAACAAAACAAGAGAGUUUACCCGCAAAAACAAAUGUAUUCUUACCAAACUGUCAGAGACAUGGAAACCGUUACCAAGAAAUUGAGCUUUUAUGAGGUCAACAAGGUGAUUCCAACUCCUCCUCCUGCAACUUAUAGUAACCAUUAAAAGUAGCACUUCCGAUUCCCUUUUGUAUAUUUUGUAUAAUAAUAAACCUUUUUUUUUUCGCUUUUUAUCAUGUCAAGUAUACAGGUUAGGGGAGUAGCGUCUGAUGUUAAACGUGACCGGCAUACGCAUUAUAUUUUAACAGCUUACAUAAAAUUAUAUUCACACAGGGACUAUUAAAUAUCACGAGCUGGUCCAGG